AUGUCGCUUCACACCUCACGGGCUUAUGCUGCCCGCGGCAAGAGUCCGCUAGCUAACCACGACGACGACCGCAGAUCGAUCAGAGAUGCUACUAAAGCACUUCAGACCCACUUCAGUGGCUCAAAGAUACCACUAUCGCUGCCGUCCGAGAGCCGACGAAUGCUGCAGGCCUUCGUGGAAGCACACGAUGGGAACGUAGACGAUGAAGAGCCUUCCCGAGCCAAUCAAGAGCUUAAACAAUUCUGCGACAAAUAUAUCGGACAGAGCACCCAGAAGCUUGGGGCAUUUAUUGGGGUGCUGAAGGAGCUGCGGCCAGCAAUUGUGCAUGAGGAUCAUCUUCUGGCAUGGUAUCGCCUGGCUGCGAAGCCCGUCGUCAGCGCGGUGGGAUACAAGAAGUCCGCACAGGAUGAUGCGCAAGACUUCAUUACGAGCCUCAUGAUUUACGACGAAGACGACAAUAAUGCCAAGCAACGAGCGAGAACAUCGACACGGAUACGCAACGAUCUACUCGAACUGUACAUUUCACGCACCAAAGGCCUGGAGGAGGAUGAGCUGUGUGUGGCAUCGGAUAAUGCACAGAUUGCGAAACAGGCUGAGAAUGCACUUGUGGCAUUCGCACGAAAGAUGCCCAAGCACUUCUUCAACAGUCUGGACGACUUGAUCGUGAGGGCGGAAACACGACUGCAGGGGUUGACCCUACUCAGUGCCUUUCUGCAGAAUCAGGUGCCUCAUCUGUACAAUGUGAUGCACACUCCGCUGAUCGACGACCUUCUCAAAUGCCUCAUGAACGACACUUCCACGACGAUACUUUCAGUGGCGCUAAAGUCACUCAUCAUGCUCAUGCCACACAUGCCCGGAUCUCUUGGAGACAAGCUUCCUCGCCUAUUCCUGGUCUACAGCAGACUCUUGUGCUGGGAGAAAUUCAGUCCGCUGAGUACCGAAGCGCAGAAGAGCCUGGUCACCGAUGACCGCAUACCUUCCGACAGCCAAGAUCAUGGAGACGUCGGUAUCGACACUGCUUGGGAACACGCCCGGCCGAAGGAUGAUGUGGUAGAAGCCACUGCGCCUGAAGUCAUGACAUACUUCACCUACCUAUACGGCUUGUACCCGCUCAACUUCAUGAGCUACGUCCGAAAGCCGCGAAGGUUUCUCAAGAACCUCGAGUUCCCUGGAGCGGACGAAUUCGAUCUUGACCAAGCAGUGAUUCGCAGCAGGACCGAUCAAUACCGCCAAGUACAUCUACUCCAUCCAAACUUCUUCAAUAUGACUGUGGAGGAGGAGCUCAUCGAUACCAAGUGGCCGAAGAUGGAUCCCGCGGAUGUUGUGGCACAGUGCCAUGCCCUGGCGCUGAACACGAAGCCGACACUGACGAGUCCUGGUCCACCGCCUACGGGGAGACUGCCGGAUCUGCCGCCACUUCAACGUAUACCGCCGAGCGCUCAUGGUACGACAUCGCCAUCGAUCAGUCACACCAGCUCGCGCUCAGGAGGUAGUUGGCGUAAUACACAAUCUACUGCUGUGUCCGCGAUCAGCAUGGAGGAAAGUCCCGUGCUUGGGCCUGUGGACGAUAGAUCAGAGGAUAUGUUGCGGCCGAAGACACCUACGCGCCGAUCUGGCGUGUCACCAUCACUCGAUGAAUUCCCUUUGCCGCUUCAAGGAUUUCCAACCAACAUAGGCUUGGGUAAUAGACCGGAACCCAAGAACAACCUCGAAUUUCUGCAACAAAAGAUCAUCGGUCUUCAAAACGAUCUCAACUUUGAACGAUGGCACAGGGCGCAGUACUCAUCUCAUAUUGGCCAGCUGAUGCGCAAGAACGUCAAGGAUGCGACGGUUGAAGCGGAAACUUUGAAUCUGAUCAACGCAAAUCGCGCCUUAAAGCAACAACUGGAGCAGGUCCGCAACGCUCGUGAGGCCACGAUCAAAGAUUCCAAUCUCACGCGCAAGCAAACAAGCAACCUGGAGACGAACCUCACGGAACGCUUCCACAAGAUGAAGAAGGAGCAGGAGACGUGGGCAGCCGACGCUGACGAGCUCAAACGACUACGCUCGGAGAUGAAACACUACCGCGACCUGCUUUCUGCUGCGGAGGCGCGGGAGCUUGGCAAGUCACACCAGCUUGAGAUGAUGAAUCGCGAUGUGGAACAGCUUCAGAAACUGCAAAAACAGCUGACGGAAGCACAAAGAAAAGUGCGCGAGUUCGAGUACCGCGAAUUUGAUUUUGAUCAGGCCAAGCGCGAGAUGGAGAUUCUGCAGAGCGAGAAAGAGACCAUGCAAAUGCGGCUGCAGCGUCACGAACAUGAACGAGAAAGGACGAAGCGGGUGUACGCUGACAGAUUGGCCGAGCUUGAGGCUCAAGUUGGCGUUUCUGCCACAUAUGACCGACCUCCAACAUCACUGUCGAAUGACAACUAUGCGAUGCAACAGGCUCUUGCCGAUGCACAAGCAAAACUUGCGCAGCUCAAGAAGACGCACUCGCGGUUACUGGAGCGACACACCGACCUAGAACUUGAGUAUCAGUCAAUCAAAAGUCAGCUCUCGCCAACGAGCUACAAUCUAAGACGCAGUGGCAGUGUCGGCGGCUACAGCGACCAUGACAGAACACCAGAUGCGAUGAGUGGCGGUCUCGGCUUUCGACGUGGUGUUAUAGACGGCAUCUACGAGCUUGCCAGCAAAUACGAUGCUGCGUCGGAGGCCGCAUACACAAACGUCAGUGCCAGCGAUCCUGGCCCAAAGCGAUACCCUCAGGACAUGCGCGCGCUGCCCAUAUCUCCCGUCUCGGCACCUCGGAGUGAAGCUACGAUCAACAGUGCUGCAGGACUGACGUGGAAGCCUCGUUUGUCAACGACGAGCACAAAGAGGAAUUCUAGCAAAGCUCCGUCCGCAUACAUGCCUACUGCGCCCUUGGGAGCGGAUGAGCGCAGUGUCAUCAGCGGUGAUAGCGGAAAGGACAGGAAGGACAAGAUCAAUGCGGACAGCAAGGUCCGUGUCUAUGGCAGAGGAGGUGCGCAGAAUAUUAAACUCAAGCCCAAGGAGAAGGAGGCCGCGAAAGAAAAGGAAAUGAAGGGAUUCAAGGCGUUGAAGGGUAUCGCGGGCUUGUAG